AUGCGGCACGAAUGGUACGAGACCAGAGAGACAGCCACAAUAAUUGUGUCCCCUGUGGAAGAGGUUCAGGAAGUAGUAAAAAGGGAUGAUACCUUAAGCAUAUCCUUGCCAAAUGAAGUAUAUUCCAUACGAAUAGUGCACGCGUAUUCUGUCCAGUCGCACAGAAUACUGAAUAAACAACUAGAAAUUACACUCAAGAAGCCUGUCUGCAGCAAGUGGGGGCAUCUAGAGCACGUGCCCAUCCUAGCCUUUGAAAGACAAAAGGAGAUCCCCAAUGACAGUAGCGAAGCGCUGUCAAACGACCCAAUUAUGAACAUGUUUAUGGAGGUGUAUGCAAACGCCUCAGACGAAGCAAAAAAAGAAAUGAAUAGAUCCUUCUAUGAAUCAUCAGGAACUGAGCUCCGAACGCACAGAACCCAAGAUACAUGCUCUAAAAAAUAA